AUGACUGCAUACGAUUUUCAACUUUUUACUAUUGUCGUUGUUGAUAGAUAUGGUGCUGGAAUGCCAGUUGCAUUUUGUUUUUCAAAUAGGGGAGACAUGUGCUUACUGUCUUUUUAUUUCAAAUGUGUGAGAGAAAGGGUGGGCACUGUAAAGAUCAAUGUGUUUAUGUCUGACGAUGCACCAGCAUUUUAUAAUGCAUGGUCAGCAGUAAUGGGACCUGUACCAAACGAGUUGCUGUGUUCUUGGCAUAUACAACGGAACUGGUCUAAGAAUUUAAGGAGAAUUUCUGGGUGUAGUGAGAAAAAAUCAGCAGUGUUUAGUUCACUAAAGCGACUUCAGACUGAACUGGAUAUAGAUGUAUUUAGUUGUAGUCUGGAGAAAGUGGUGGAAGACUUAUUGAAUGAUCCGGAUACUGCAGAAUUUAGCAGGUACUUUAAGAUGUACUGCCAGCGAGUGGAAAAGUGGGCGUAUUGUUUUAGGCACCGAUUGGGCAUUAAUACAAACAAUUACUUGGAGUCCCUACAUAAAGUUAUUAAAUACAGUUAUCUAGAAGGGAAAAAGUGCAGAAGGCUGGAUAAGUCAUUAAAUGCUUUGUUAUGUUUAGUGAGAGGCAAAGUAUAUGAGGGCUUAGUGAAGCUCUCAAAACGUAAACAGUGCUCUAGGGCGUCAAGAGUGAAAGCAAGCCACAACGAUAGCUCAGCUAUAACAAAUGGGAAGAUUUUAUGCAGGGGUGAAGGGUUGUGGGAAGUUUUUUCUUCCCCUGGUUGUGAAGUGUAUGUUGUUGUAACAAAUUCAGAACUGAUAUGCGAAAGAAAAUGUUCACUUAAGUGUAACACCUGCAACAUAUGUGUACAUUCGUAUAAAUGCAGCUGUUUAGACAACAUUUUGAAUUUUAACAUAUGUAAGCAUAUACAUGCAUGUGGCAAAUCACUGUCUGGUGCUGUCCAGGAGAGUGAACAGUGUUCCUUGCCCUCUAGUGCAGACAAUGAAUAUAUGUCAGCAUUGCUUUCUGGCAAUUCAGAAAAAUCUGCUGACACAUUUGAACAGGAUGUGAUGUCUCACUGUGAAACUAUAGUUGCACUCAGCAAAGGAACACAGUGUGGACCGGAGACUAAGGCCAAAGUAUUGAAGGAUCUGAAGAAGAUCAUUGGCAAUCUUAAUAAAGAUUUUUCUUUCUCAGAAGAAAACACAGUAAAUGUGAAUGCCAAGAUUGAAUCUCAGGCUAGAUUUUUUUCCACAAAGCAGAGAAGGAUUUUGUGA